GUCGUGGUGUAGGAAUAAUAAUAAGUCCGAAUGUAAAUAGUCAAUGUGUUUGACGUAAAGUGUGGGAAGUCAAUAACCUGCUGCAUUAUUACUUUAAUCACCCUUAAACGUAUAUGAAAGGGGAUAAAAGGGUGCACCAUGCCUAGCUCCCUCCUGUGGGCAGUGGACGUGUACGGGAGGGUGUACAGCCUGUCGACCGCGGGCCAGCAGUGGGAGCAGUGUAGGGAUGCCCAGCUGGAGUUCAAGCGGGUCACAGCCGUGCAGCAGUGCUGCUGGGGCAUAGCCUGCGACCACCAGAUCUACCUGAACGUCCACGCCAGCGAUGUGCCCAUUCGCUACCAGGAGGAGACCUACGAGAACCAGCGUUGGAACCCUGUGGAUGGAUUCUCUGAGCGACUGUUGCCGAGUGACCGCUGGCAGUGGAGUGACAUGACAGGCCUGAAGCAGCAGACCUUUGACAGCUUCCAUCUGCCCUCAGAGAACUGGGAGUGGGAGGCAGACUGGUAUGUGGAUGAGAACUUCGGAGGAGAGCCCACCGAGAAGGGGGGCUGGACAUAUGCAAUCGACUUCCCUGCCUCUUACACCAAAGAUAAGAAGUGGAACUCCUGUGUCCGUCGCCGGCGAUGGAUCCGCUAUAGGAGGUACAAGGCACGGGACACCUGGGCCAAGAUCCCCUCAGAAGAAGUCAGACCACUGCCAGACCCCUUCAAUGACAUCAGCUGUGGAGGCUGGGAGAUCAGCGAUGAGCGUCAGGGCAGGCUGUCCUUGUGGGCCGUGUCUCUGCAGGGGAAGGUGUGGUUCAGAGACGGUAUUCACCACCAGAACCCGGAGGGCUGGGGCUGGGAGGAGGUGCAGGUCCCGGGGGAGGUGGUGCAGAUCAGCUGUGGGCCGGGGGACCUACUGUGGGCCGUGCUCUGGGAGGGCCAACUGCUGGUCAGAGAGGGCAUCGGCAGGGACUGCCCCCAAGGGUUCUCCUGGGUGGUGGUGGAGUCUCCGAGCUCAGAGGUUGGUGCCAUCCACGUGACUGUGGGUGUCAACGUGGUGUGGGCCGUCACUAAGGACCACAAGGUGUGGUUCAGGCGGGGCAUAAACUCCCAUAAUCCCUGUGGCUCAGGCUGGAUCGGCAUGGUGGGGGAGAUGGUCAUGAUGAACGUGGGGCUCAAUGACCAGGUGUGGGGGAUCAGCCGUGAGGAUCGAGCCGUGUAUUUCCGGCAGGGCGUGACGGCCAGCGAGCUGAGUGGGAAGGCCUGGAAGGCGGUGUCAGUGCCCCGGGAUGGAGACCGCUCCCAUUCCAGCGCCAGCACUAGCAGCCUGCCCAGUGCUGGCUGUUUCUUCAGUGGGGAGGUGAGAGUGCAGUCUCAGGGCUCAGUGCUGAGCGAGGUAGACUCCGACACAGAGAAGGCAGGUCCCACCUCCCCCAAGCCGGAGGACGCCCCCAAACCACGCAUCCCCAAGGUGACCAGCGACAGCUUCAUUUCCGAGCUGGUGUCCGACCGCGAGAGCCAGGUGGGGAGGUGCGAGGGAGGCGCCGCCGUGGCCUCCAUCCAGGAGGAGGAGCAGGGAGGGGAGCAGGAAGGCACGGCUCCCCCUGCCCUGGUGCUGUCGCCCAGCCAGUCUGGAAACCAGGACCCCCAGUGGAGCAACGUGGACCUGGAGGAGGCGCAGACUCACCUGGCCGUGGGCCCUCCGUCCGACACCGCCGAGACCUGCAGCCUGUCCUCUGUGGCCACCUACAACCUGGGGCUGGAGGACCCGUACGGGUCGGACGAACACCCGCUCUGGGCCUGGGUCAGCGGGGGCGGCUGCACUGUGGACUCCCACACACAGCUCAACUGGUUCAACUCCUCAGGUAUUUCCUCGUCUGUGCAGGCCAUGUCUCUGUCCAUCACUCCAGCGCAGACGGCCGCCUGGCGCAAGCAGAUAUUUGAGCAGCUCAGCGAGAGGUCUAAGAGGGAGAUAGAGAACUUCAAGCACUACGAGCAAGCCAUCGAGCAGUCGGUGUGGGUGAAGAAGGGCACCAUGCAGUGGUGGAGAGACUGGAAACCUCACAAGUGGGUGGACGUUCGCUUCGCUCUGGAACAGUUCUCUGGCACCGACGGCAACAAAGACGGCAUCCUCUUCAUCUACUACACUUUCAAUGAGGAGAAGAAGUACCUCCAUGCGUUUGUCAAUGAGGUGACCAUCUUGGUUCCAGUGCUCAAUGACGCCAAGCACACCUUCGCCAUCUACACUGCUGACAGGACUAAGCAGAGAUGGCCAAUCCGCCUGGCUGCUUCCACAGAGCUAGAGAUGUACGACUGGCUGGCCCUGCUCAGCGUGUCCUGCUGCGACUCCAGAGGCAUCCAGGGCCCCCCCUCCAAACAGGCCAUCUGGUCGGUCACCUGCAAGGGGGACAUCUUCGUCAGCGACCCCUGGCCCAGCCUGGAGGCCUCGCCCUACCCCAUGCCCUGCGACCAGAUGUUCUGGCGGCAGAUCGGGGGCCACCUGCGCACUGUGGAGUGUAACAGUCUGGGCGUAGUGUGGGGCAUCGGGUACGACCACACAGCCUGGGCCUACACCGGGGGCUACGGAGGAGGCUUCUCUCAGGGGUUGGCCAGCAGCACAGAUAACAUCUACACACAGACCGAUGUGAAGAGUGUCUAUAUCUAUGAGAACCAGCGCUGGAAUCCAGUUACAGGAUACACCAACAGAGGGCUGCCCACUGACCGCUACAUGUGGAGCGAUGCAUCGGGUCUGCAGGAAUGCACCAAAACCAACACCAAACCCCCCUCCCCACACUGGACCUGGGUGUCUGACUGGACGAUUGACUACGGUGUCUCUGGAGGGACAGACCGAGAAGGCUGGCAGUAUGCCGCAGACUUCCCCGCGAGUUAUCACGGUAAUAAGACCUUGAAGGACUUUGUGCGGCGCAGACGCUGGGCCAGGAAAUGUAAACUCACAACAACGGGCCCAUGGCAGGAAGUCCCGCCCAUCGCGCUGUCUGACGUCACUCUCCUGCCCUGCAUGGCCCUGGCCAAGAUGGAGCACGUGCCGCUCUGGGCCAUCAGCAACAAGGGGGACGUCCUGUGUCGCCUCGGCGUCACCACGGAGAGCCCAGCCGGGACCUCCUGGCUGCACGUGGGCACAGACCAGCCUUUCAAAUCCAUCUCCAUCGGGGGAGCUCACCAGGUGUGGGCAAUCGCCCGGGACGGCUCUGCUUUCUACCGGGGAUCAGUGUCCGCGCAGAACCCUGCAGGAGACUGCUGGUAUCACAUCCCCUCUCCACCCCGGCAGAAGCUCAAACAGGUCUCUGUGGGACGGACGUCUGUGUACACAGUGGAUGAAAACGGUAACCUGUGGUACAGACAGGGCCUCACCCCCAGCUACCCACAGGGCUCCACCUGGGAUCACAUCUCCAACAACGUUCGCAAAGUGUCUGCUGGGCCCCUGGACCAGGUGUGGAUCAUUGCAGACAAGGUUCAGGGCAGCCACAGUCUGAGCUGUGGGACUGUGUGUCACCGCCUCGGAGUGCAGCCCAUGGAGCCCAAGGGCCAGUCCUGGGACUACGGCAUCGGGGGCGGCUGGGACCACAUCACUGUGCGGGGGAACUCUCUGGAAGCCGUGCGCUUCAGCAUGUCGGCUCUGACCGACAGCACGGCCGGCCGCUCGGCCCCCCGCAGCCCGCUGGCCCUGCGCAGCCAGGAGAUGAACGGGAACGCUGUGGGGUGUUAGACCCCCCCUGUCUCACUUAGCUCAUCCCCCGCCCUUUCAAGGUAACCCCCCCCCAUUCACCGCCACGUCCCUCAAGUCCUGCUGAGUCACUGUCUGUCGCCCUUCGUUUCCCAUCUCCUUUUUACUCUCCACUGUCACUUCACCCAGUCAGUUAUCCCUUCAUCAGCACUCCUCAUUUACAACAAAUACAACAAAACUCUCUUCUUACGGUUGUAGUUUUUAUUUUGAUUUUGUAUUCCCUGAUGGAAUACUGAAAUUACUUUUAGAAUGUUGUGUUAUUCCAUAUUUUGAUGUCGUGAUGUUAUUUUUUAUGUUUGGUCUCAUAUUUACUGUUUAUUUAUUGACCUUUGUGUGUGGUUGCUGCUGUCAUUUGUUAGUGAGGUACUUUAAUGCAAAUCAAAGAAAUGCGACGCGUCGAAACCACUAUGAGAACGUAAUGUCGUGCAGUCUACCCAGACACCGAGGGCAUCUCCCCGAGCACCACACACCACUGCCCUCGCUCGGUGUCUCUGUGACCUCAAAAUAAUUUAUAAUAUAAUAAUAAUAAUAAUCAUUUUCCAAUGACACGUCCACGUACGCGUUCGACUGUUCUGGGACUGUUCUUGUGUGUAAUGCGGAGCUUCUGUGGUUCAGUGUUGAGGCGGAGUGAGAAAGCACAGCAGGAGAGCCACUCAGUGCCGUGAAUGCAGACCCAGCUGGGCUGCCUACACUACUGAGUUACUGUGUGAGGCAGGGUGAGGCAGGCCUGGCCUUGGAGAACCAGAGUCAUUGUUUCUUUCUUUCAGAUUUUUGCUACAUACUCUUAACUACAUAACUCUAUGAAUCAUUGGGUUUGAUGAAGGUCAGAGACUGUGUGGGAGCUGCUCAGUGUUCACCAGAAUCAAAUGUCCAGGCUCAGGCUCUGAAUUAUCAACCAGACUGUGCAAUCAAGUUCAGAUGAAACGACAUCAUAAAGAUCUCUGGUUCUCCAGGACCCGGCCUGCCUGCCCCUGGUGUACAGAAUGUGAAGCACAGCCUUCAUUCCUGCCUGAAGGUUUACAGUGAGCGCGCUGUGAAUGCCAGUUGCUGGCGACGGGUAUCUUAUUAUUUUAUUUUUUUUGUUAGUUUUUUUGUACUAGGGCUUCUAAAGAUAGAGGGGAAACUACAAUAGUGGAUACUGAAAACUGCAAUGAAUUUAAAACCAGUUGUGCACAGCAAUAGAGAAUCUGUUAUUGGAGUGGAAUAUAUUUUGCUGAAUUUUCCUUUGCUGGUUUGUACUGUACUUAGGGUUAGCCACCGUGAGCACACGUACCUUCUCUGUCAGUGGUCGUUUUCAGAGAUGUAUCAAACUCUAAUGUCACUGUCAGUGGCGUUCUCACUUUUGACGGUUGACGUGCACAGUGUGAGGUUGGAGAAGAACAGGUUGCGGAAAUGUUUGGUUUUUAAAACGGUUGUUCUCGUGAAGCUUAAAUGCAAAUCGGUUUCUUUCUCAGGAAUACAUAACACCCCAAAUCUCCGUCUGCAUGUCACUGAACUUGUAUCCAUUACAUUAACAUAACCGAAAAAGGCUCUAAAUGUGUUGUUAUGAAAGGGAAAUCUGAAUGUUUAGCCAUUAAAAUAUGUAUAUAAUAUUGUUUACCCACUCCGGAAAUUAAAGAGAAAUAUAGAUUUUUUUUAAAGCACUUUGCGGUUUUCACUGAUGGAGAAUGAUAGUAUGCGACACGAGGAGAGAAGCGGAAGUGUGUACUUCAGACAUGAUAUCAUGAUAAAAGGUUAUUACCCAUCCUCUUUCUGUUAUGGACUUCUGGGUCAGCUUAAGUAUGCUUAUGUUCCAGGAAGUUUCAGAAGGUUUUUGUAUACACUGUAUACGCCACUGAUACCACCAAUACAAGCAAGUUUGUAUUCAAUGCAAAAAGCUCCCUAUCGGCUGAAAUAUCCACAUUUGAAUGAGAUUUGUUGUUCUCGCAUCAUUAUAUACCUACUGUAUAGGCAUUCCAGUCUGAAAUGUGUGUUUGUAAGAUGGUCUUUUAAAUAUUAAAAUCUUUUAAAGAUUAUUAAACUUAUUUUAUUGACCAUAUCAUGUAUUAGAUGGUAAAACUAGCAAACCUGGCAUACAGGUGCUGUACACCAAGCUAUUAGAAUGUGUCGUGAAUAUUUCUUCCCAAUGUUUGCAUGGUCAGUGUCUUCUCAAUAAAUGUGUUUUAUUGUUA